AUGGUUCGGACCUUGUGUGCUCUGCAACAUGACUCCCCCCGGAAACGGCAUCCGCGGCUGCUUGGUUCCGCUGUCGCUGGAGUCUUCGAGGGCCGUCCCCCGUCACCGAGGUGCCGCGGCGCGGGUGGGAGCAAGAGGCCUCCCUCGCCGUGCGUGGUCCGCGCAGCCGGCGGGAAACGAGCGUGCACUGGAAAGCCUAGGGUUGCUGCGACUUUCCCCAGCGCCAUGGCAGUCCCAGGUUGCAACAAGGAUAGUGUUCGAGCAGGCUGUAAAAAAUGUGGCUACCCUGGUCACCUGACUUUUGAAUGCCGCAAUUUCCUCCGAGUGGACCCCAAGAGGGACAUAGUCCUGGAUGUCAGCAGCACGAGCAGUGAAGAGAGUGAUGAAGAGAACGAGGAGCUGGAUAAAUUGCAGGCAUUGCAAGAAAAAAGAAUAAAUGAAGAAGAGGAGAAGAGAAAAGCAAAAAGCAAAGAGAAAAUCAAGUUGAAAAAAAAAAGG